ACUCUACGAUUAUAAGAACAAAAGAAGUCGCAUAAAUGUUAGAUUAGAGCAGAAACUGUGUGAAUCGGAAUUCUGGGGUUUUUCAGCAAUAAAUAGCUGCUGAGCAAUGAGAAACUCGGUGAAUAGGCCUCCGACACCAGAUGUAGCAGAAGAUGGAGGGAAAGAGCCUACGCUUCAAGAAAUUAUCAGUAUUAAGUUAAUUGAGAGUGGGGAAAAGGAGAGAUUGAUGGAGCUUUUAAGGGAAAGAUUAAUAGACUGUGGAUGGAAAGACGAAAUGAAAGCUCUCUGCAGGGCAUUUGUAAAGAAGAAAGGAAGAAACAAUGUUACUGUGGAUGACCUUAUACACGUAAUUACCCCUAGGGGCAGAGCCUCAAUUCCUGAUUCCGUAAAGGCUGAGCUGUUGCAAAGAAUUCGUGCAUUUCUUGUUCAAGCUGCUGUCUAAUACACGAGCUCUGAUUGUUAUGGAGUCAGAACCAUUAACAGAAUGGAAGAGUCGUUCAGCAUAAUUAGCUCAAGUUUUUUUGGAGAAUGCAGGCAGCUCUGAUUUGUUUUGAAGAUACCACUGCUUUGCCAGAGGAUAUUAUGUCACACUGCUGAAGCAGGAUACUACUUGCAUGAGUUGGUUCCUCUCAACCAAAAUUUCUCAAUUUUCAGUUUGGCAUAUGUAAUUUUCCGCAACAUAAAUAGUCAUGUGCAUCAAGUUGGCAUAUGUAAUUUUCUGCAAAAUGAAUGGUCAUGUUCAUCAAGUCUUCAGCUGUCAACUUACUGACCUAAUAGUCGGAAUUUGUGUAAGAAAUGGUGGGAUUAUGUAGCAUGUUGAUACAAAAAUCAUCCGAUUUACAAA